AUGCAAGCCACGAUGCCGCCCCUCUCGAGAGGCCCCGAACUCUCACCUGUCUCGACGACGAGCGACUGGUCUGGUGUCAACCAUUACAAUCAACUUCCCCGGAAUGACGGGCCCUUUGCGAAUCUACCGGCGAAGCCUCCCGUGGACGAGUUCUUGCCCUCCAAACCUCAACCGUCGAUGCGUCCUCCUCCCCCGAAUGCUAGCAUGAACUUUUCUCCUCCAUCGUUGGAUGCCAUGGGACAACGUCGUCCGUCCGAAUCCGGCUCACGAGGAUCUUCACGCGCCGGAUCUAUAGCCCAUUCCCGCUCCAGCGAUGGCACCAUCUCGGACGAACAAAGCAGAAAAUAUCGGAGGAUGGAGGCAGAGCUAUUUCAGCACUAUACGAUUUUGAAGGGUUUCCUCAAGGGCGGUGUUCAUGCUCCCCCACGCCCUAAUAAGGCUCGGGACAAGCUCUUACGACUGUCACCCGUCCAGUUCCACGAACUGAGCACUGAUGUCUUUGACGAGUUACAAAGAAGGCAAGCAUCAGCCCCCCUUCCUGGCCGCCCACCGCGUCAACAAAACAUACCUCCCUUCCUCCAACCAAGACCCGAUUUCCACGAAAAGAGGAAUCAGGCCAGACAAAAACUCUCAUCUCUGCAGAUGCCCAGGUUUCGCGACCUGUCCACUGAUGUGUUCUGCGAGUUGGAACGCCGGUUCCCGCAGUUUGCGAGACCCGAUGGGGGGAGAAGAGACAGCUCCCGUUCACAAUCCAGAGGUCCAGCGGCCUCAUCCAGAGAUGGCCCUCCAGUCCCCAAUGGCUUCGGCGCACCACCCAGAACCCAGUCCUUCGGUUCCUCGGGCGCCCCAAACUAUCCUCAGAGGCAAGAAUCUGUAUCCAGUCUCCCUCAGUUCGACAAUCCUCCCCCACCAAGUGACUAUGGUCGGCCACUGGCGAAGCAAUUUCAGAGCAACACCAUCACGCCCAAUAAAAGUAUGAUGGUCGAGGAUGAGGACGAUUCCCAGACUGCGGAUUCGAAAUACGAUCGAUCUAGCGAUGCUUUUGGUCUCGAGAGCUCUCUUACGAGCCCAAGGAGCGAUCGGGAUACAUCUGCGACAUCGCAGAGCGUUGCAAGCAUGAACUACCCUAAGCCGAACUUACCAAAUGUAAUUGAACUGCAAGAAAAGGUCUCUGAAUUGGAAGCAAACCUUGAAUCAAAGGAUGAGGAAUUGCGCCAGAUCAAGAGUCACAAUGAAGAAUGGGCCCUGACAAAACAAGAUCUGGAGAGGAAACUCGAAGAGGCAGAAAACUUGAACAAGUCACUGAAGGAGGAGAUUGAGAAGCUCAGAGCCGAAACCCCACACUACAGUGGUGAAAAUGUCCUGUGGAAGACCAAGUUCCUGAAAUUGGACCAGGACCAUGGGCUCCUGCGAGAACAGUUGGCGCAACAACAGCAGUUGACAGAGGAAGUCAGCAGACAGGGUCAGGCAUACCUUCAAGAGAUGAGGGCUAUGGCGGAAUCUGGUGGAGGCAACCUUGAACGAGAAGAGAAGCUGCAGGUCGAUGUCCAGAAGCUGGAAGAGGAAGUAAAGAGCUGGAAAUCCCGUUACGUGAAAGCCAAAGCACAACUUCGCAGCGUCCGUGCUAGCUCGCUGGGACUCAGUAUCGCCCGACCUGACGCUAGUCAACACGCAAUUGCGCUUCAGGACCGGGAUGGACUGGUCAAGGAUGUCCACGUCACCAAGUUCCAGAUCGCCAUUGAUGAGCUACUUCAAAUUGCCAGAUCUGACAGUCCCGCAGCUGUGCUCGACCACAUGAAAACGGUGGUGUUGGCCGUGCGUGGAAUCACGUCCGACAUUGACGCCGGGUCAUCAACAGAAAAGGACGAUGAAAUGGCCAAGCGACGGGCCAAGCUCAAGACCAAGGUCUCGGCUACAGCGAACAACCUGAUCACAGCUUCCAAGAAUUUUGCUUCAUCCAAUGGACUCUCACCGCUGAGUCUUUUGGACGCGGCAGCUUCACACUUGACGGCAGCCGUUGUUGAUCUCCUUCACACCGUCAAGAUUCGUCCCACACCCGCCGGGGAGUUGGAAGAUGACGAUGAACCGACGUUAGAACCGCUGCAAAGUAAUGGAUAUUUCAACAUUGCCGAGACAUUAAGAAGGCGGAGUGAAGUCGAAAGCAUCUAUAGUGCUCUCAGCACGCCGUCGGCGACGAGGAAUGCGCACAAUCGAGCCGGAUCAGGUCUUCUUCAGCGCAGUGCGUCGACUUACGUGAAUGGCACCGGACUAGGUAUCAAAUCGGAGUAUGGGACGACGCAAGAGGAGGCUGAUCUCGAGGAUCUCAAGAUGUACCUCGAAGAUCAGACUGAUGGAUUAGUCCAAUCCAUCACCUCUCUGGUCGAAACCAUCCGGAAGGACGAUGCCAUGGCCACGAUCCGAAAUCACAUGACCACAAUCUCUGCCACGAUUGAAAACAUUGUCAACUCGGUGGAGAGGACUGGGAACGAGCCAUCCUCAUACCAGGCCACAUUAAGAGAGAAAUCAGGCCCGAUUGUCACCAUUCUACGAGACUGCCGAGAGCAAAUGUUGCAGGCAGGCAACGAAUCUCCUGAAGACAAGGAAUUUCUGCAGCAACUUCCUCCUCUUUCCUUCAAGAUCGCGCGCGAGACCAAGGAACUCGUAUCAAGAGUUAUGGCGGUUGAAGCUGGACCAGGGAAAGGCGGCGAGGAUGACUUUAGCUAA